GCAGAAAUCAGACAUUACACAGGCACACACUUGAGUCUUGACUCUUGAGCUCUCUUGCCAUGGCUUCCGGCGGCCGGCUCUGCUCCAUGCUGCUCGCGCUGCUGGCCGUCCUGGCCGCGUGGCCGGCGGCGGUGGCGGGGGCGUCGGCGCACCUGCACUUCUACAUGCACGACGUGCUGACCGGCCCGGCGCCGACGGCGGUGCAGGUGCUGGACGGCCCGCGCGGCCACUUCGGCGACACCAUCGUCAUCGACGACGCGCUCACGGCCACCUCCUCCGCGGCGUCGGCGGGCGUGGGGCGCGCGCAGGGGCGCUACGUCUGGGCGUCCAAGGGGAACCCGGAGCUGCUGGUCACCAUGGAGGUGCUCCUCACGUCCGGCCCCUACGCGGGCUCCUCCGUCACGGUGGUCGGCCGGGACGACAUCGGCGCCGCCGUGCGGGAGCUGUCCGUGGUCGGCGGCACGGGCCAGUUCAGGAUGGCCACGGGCUACGUGCUCUGGAAGACCGUCCGGCUCGACCACCCCAACGCCGUCCUCGAGCUCGACGUCUUCGUCAACCCGUGACCGUCUCCCAUGGACCAAGCGCGUCGUUAUUCGUCUCGUCUCCCCUAUUUGCCCAAUCUAUAUGUGCAUGUUGAUCUGUUCCACUUCUCCUCUAUAUAUUUGCCCCGUCUUCUAUAUGUCUCCUCUGCUAGAGCCUACAAUAAUGUUGAAUAUGUGCAAAUGUUGUUCCUGAAAUAAUAAUAUGUUGCCUGGCUUUGGUAA